GAUCUUUUUUAUUAGAGACCAUGUCAAUAUCAGACUUUGUAAAAAGUUGUGGGAAAUUGCUCUCAUUAGCAAUGUGGUUGUAUUAGUCAUAUCUUUAGUUAAAGAAAACUUGUAUUUUUGUUGUCAUCUAUUUGUACUUGCUUCAACCAAUACAUGUUAAUGUUUGUGUAUUGUUGUGUGAUUGUUAAGCUUGAUCCAGCUGUAAGGAAAGCAUUUGAUGUGGCAUAUGCCAAUAUUUAUGCAUUUCAUGAUGCUCAAAGGGUUCCUGAGAAGGAUAUUGAGAAUAUGACAGGAGUUCGGUGCAAAAGGAUAGCAAGGUGCAUCGGCGCUGUAGGGCUUUAUGUUCCAGGGGGUACUGCAGUUUUACCCUCAACUGCUCUCAUGCUUUCAGUGCCCGCACAUAUUGCCGGGUGCAAAACUAUUGUUCUUGCAACUCCGCCAAGUCGUGAUGGUAGCAUUUGCAAGGAAGUACUUUAUUGUGCCAAGAAAGCCGGUGUAACUCACAUUCUAAAAGCUGGGGGAGCUCAGGCAGUCUCAGCAAUGGCUUGGGGAACUCCAUCUUGCCCAAAGGUACAAAAUUCCAGUAUGUAGUGGGGGUUACUUUAUGAAUUAUUUUCUUUUAUAUGUUUGAGGAACAUAUACCAAAAGCAGCUGGUUGUCUUGUAAAAUUAGUGACUGUAAAUUCUAGGAUUACUGGGCUUAUGUUAUUACAGCUUAUCUUCUAUUAUUCUGUAAUCUUCCAUGUGAGUACUUUUUUGCAUCAAAGAGCAAACACUUCUUGUUGCAUUCUUUGUAUUUGUUAGGUGCACAAUGCAUAAAUAUUUCUUAAUGAGCUCAUUUUCCAGUAUCUCUUUCGGUCAUUGUGAGCUUCUUUUCAUUUUGAAUAAAAACUUUGUUGUGGGGCCUUCCAUUAUCUAACCAUCAUCUGCAAUUACUCCAAAUCCA